CUUCAAUUCUGUUUUUGACAGGGAACUGUUCUGAAACCAGAACUGAAACGAGAACCUGUCAGCACCCGUGUUAAAUUAAAGAUUGUUCCUCAUCUUCUGCGGUCCAGACAAGCUGCAGAAACAUUCCCAGCUAACAUUCAGGUGGUUUAUGAUGGGCUCUUUGGUGCAAAUACAAAUGCAAAACUCAGAAUUCUGUCCCUGCAGUUCGUGCAUCAUAUUUGUGUCAUUUGUCCAGAAAGUAAAAUAAAGCCCUUAGGCCCGAUGCUUUUAAAUGGACUUACAAAGCUGAUCGAUGAAUACAAAGAGGAUCCCAAACUGUUGUCAAUGGCGUAUUCAGCAGUUGGAAAACUCUCCGGCCGAAUGCCUCAGCUCUUUGCCAAGGAUAUAGCUCUGGUACAGCAGUUUUUUGAAGCCUUAUGUAAGGAAGAGGCUGAUACCAGGCUCGCUAUUCAGGAGGCCUUGUCUAUGAUGGUUGGAGCAUAUAGCAGCUUGGAAGGAGCCCAGCAUACUCUGAUGGAAGCUCUUGUGGCUUCAUACCUAAUAAAGUCUGAAGUCCAAGUACGUCAGGUGGCCGUGAAGUAUGCCAGCACAGUAUUCCCUCCAGAUCACAUCCCUUCCAGAUACUUACUACUGUUAGCUGCAGGAGAUCCGCGGGAGGAGGUACAUAGAGAAGCCCAGCGGGUGCUGAGAAUGUUUCCUGGUAAAAGUGAAAAGGAGAGUGCUAGGAAUCAGAUGCCUUCCUUCCCUGAAAUGGUCCAUUACAUUCAAGACAAGGUACAGCGCUUCCACCUCGGAGAAUACUGUAACAAGAUUGAUGCUUAAGGC